AUGGAACCAGGAAAUGAGACACAUAUUUUAGAAUUCUUACUUCUGGGAUUUUCCCAAGACUCAGAGCAUCAGUUGGUGCUAUUUGGAGUGUUCCUGUCCAUGUAUCUGGUCACAGUGCUUGGGAACCUGCUCAUCAUCCUGGUCGUCAGCUCUGACUCCCACCUCCACACCCCCAUGUACUUCUUCCUCUCCAACCUGUCCUUUGCUGACAUCUGUUUCACCUCUACGACUAUUCCAAAGUUGCUCUUAAACAUCCGGACACAGAGCAAAUCCAUAACUUAUGCGGGCUGUAUCACGCAGAUGUAUUUUUUCAUGGUCUUUGGAGUCAUGGACUCAUUUCUUCUCACUGUAAUGGCCUAUGACCGGUUUGUGGCCAUCUGUCACCCUCUGCACUACCCAGCCAUCAUGAACCCCCGUCUGUGUGACCUGCUGGUUCUUGUAUCCUGGUUCAUCAGCUUGAUCUACUCCCUGAUCCAGAGUCUCUUGAUGUUGCGUCUGUCCUUCUGCACCAACUGGGUAAUUAAACACUUCUACUGUGAACUUGCUCAGGCCCUCACACUUGCCUGCUCAGACACAUUGGUCAAUUAUGUCCUGCUCUAUAUGGUGACUGGCCUUCUUGGUUUCAUUCCCUUCUCAGGAAUCCUUUUCUCUUAUACGCGAAUUGUCUCAUCCAUCCUAAGAACCCCAUCGACAGAUGGAAAAUAUAAAGCCUUUUCUACCUGUGGGUCUCAUCUAUCUGUUGUUUCUUUAUUCUAUGCAACAGGCCUUGGUGUUUACCUCAGUUCUGAUGCCACAUCUUCCUGGGAAGGCAUGAUGGCCUCAGUGAUGUACACUGUGGUCACACCCAUGCUGAACCCCUUCAUCUACAGCCUGAGGAACAGAGACAUUAAGAGAGCUCUACAAAGAAGUCUCAGCCAGAUCACCCUCUGCUUGGUUCUAGUAGAAGAGACUUUGCCCUAG